UUACUUCAUCAAAUAAUACAGAGCAAACAGAAAGAAAUCACCAUCAAAUGCUACAAGCAAAUAGCUCUUCUGUACUUGUACCUAUGCGCGUGCCAAGCCCAGAUAGGGUUAAUACAACACAUUCUUUGGUUGUAAAUGCUGAUAUGGAUGAUGAGAAGCCUUUGCCUAGCGAUUGGUGUCACAAUCCAGAUGGCACUCUAUACAUACCUGAUAGACAAAUAACAGAACAAAUCCCAUCAAAACAACACCCAACAGAAAUACCCGUUCAAAUCGCCGGAGGAAAGAAUAACAACAAAUUUGUCAGUAAAAAGGGGAAAAAGACAAGUUUUGGAGAAAAUGAUGGAAACAGCAAAAGUUCCUCUGAAGGUAAUAUAAGAAAACCAAUAGCCAUUGAAAUAGAGAAGCAACGACAACAACAAAGAUUAUUUACUGGAAAACACAGAAACCACAACAAUCAAAAUCACCAACAAAAAGAAAAUGAAAGCAACAAAACAACUUGGAAUAACGAAAGAUGGAAAUUAUAA